CAAGCGACCGUAGGCGGGACAGGAGUGGAACAGCUUUGAUGCUGAGGGAGGUUGCCGUGGAAGUCCGGCUUACCGGCACCUGGGGACUAACCGCUAACGUCUAUUUAACGAUAGAGACAAGUACUUGAUUUAUACUACACGUUUUGUGUACUGUUACACCGAAUAUCUGAACACAUCCACAACAGAUGAAACCACUCAAAAAACUGGUAAAAAAGAAUCAUUGAGUGGCAGGCACUACUUCUUUCAUCCCUACUAUGGAUAGUGAUGAUGAGUUCAGUACCACGCUAGCUUACACCAAGAGUCCCAAGACAGCAAAAAGAACAACUUUUCAGGAUGAACUGAAGAAAGCAAUCAGUGCUCGAGUUUCAAGACAGCAAGCUAUAGAAGAACCUGAAAAUUCAGAUUACUCUGAAGAAUUUGAUAGUGAUGAUAGCUUAAAUGAGUCUUCAGAUGAAGAGAAUUUUUUGAAAUCAAAACUAAAGAAAACCUUUCACGAUUUCAACAUCUCAGAUGAAGAAAAUGAGGCGCCCCAGAAGCUAUCCUUCCUGAAAAAAAAACACCAAUUAAAUGAGCACGUUAAUGAAAAUUCAGAAAAAAAGACAGACAUUUAUGGCAGAGGUGUGCCCCCAUCUUUGGAUGAAAAGAAGAAGGAUGCAAGAAUUAUAGAUGAUAAAGAAAGCAAGCCUGUACCAAAGCCAAGGGAAGCACGUUUAAAAUCCCCUAUUUUAACACAAGGUGUCAGUAUUUCCACAUUAGAUGAAAACUUUAAACCAACACCACAGCAGAGAAACUUUCUUAAGAAAAACAGGUACACAGAAGACAAUGAUUAUGCUCUUACGGAGGAAGUACAUUCCAGUACUAAAUAUACUUCUGUGUCGACUAAUUCUUCCGUAACAAGGCUUAGUGACAAGGUCUCUGCUUCUGAAGGGGAUGUCUUUCCUGAGAGGUUUAGCCCAGAGGGACCUGAAAUGUCAAGACAGCCAUCAAUGGAUUCAAAAUUCAAGUCGGAAACUUCACGUGGUGAAAAAAAUCUUGCCAUCUCUAGAGAGCGAUCGCUGACAUUACAAGAUUUACAAAUUCAAGCAAAGGAGGACUCACAGAACAAUGGUAGAAAAUCUCCCUCAGUUCUGGAACUUAUGCUCGGCAGUAUAGAAGAGAAAUCUAAAGAAGAGAACAAAGAACCUUUGCUUCAAGAUACUGGUAAAAAUGACCUUAAGAAAAAAUCAGAGGGCAGACAUCCAAAGGAGGACGAUUCUGAAUUGGCUAGAUCCCAUUCAAGCAGGUCAUUACCUUGUCAAGAUACUAGUAAGAAAUCCGCAAAACAGAGCACAAAAAUGUCAGCUAAAUCCCGCUACCUGGGAACAUUGACAGUGUUAGAUAAGUCGAUAAAGGAAAGCAGUGGUGAAGUUGAAGCUGCAGAUGUCCUACGAGCUACUGUUUAUCAGAACUGGCUUGAGAAGAAAAAAGCAUAUCUUAAAGAACUGCAUACAUGUAAAAAGACUGACGAAGAUCAGGAGAAAGAGAAAAACGGCAAGGAAACCAUUAAGAAAGAAGAAGCCAGAGCUGCUUUCCUGGCAUGGAAAUCUGAGAAAAAGAAAGAAAUCCAUAUACUCCUAACAAAACAUAAAGAAGCGGAGGAAAAGAAGAUGAAGGAAAUUCGAGAAAUUGCACAGAAGAAAGAAGACGCUAAAAGGGCUUUUGAAAAAUGGAAAGAAGCAAAAGAUUUAUAUUUGAAAGAAAAAGCUCUCAAAGAAAAAGAUAUUGAAACAGAGAAAAAAAGAAAGGAGCAGAAAAGCGUGCUUGAAAAGAAGAAGGAGAAUGUGUCUGCUGUUAAAUCCUGGAGUGAACAAAAGGAUCACAUGUUGAAAAAAAAGAAAAAGGAAAAAAUAUCAGAGAGACUGAAAGAGGAUAAAUUAAAGGCAAUGAAAGAAGAACAAGAGAAGAAGGCAAUGGAACUCUAUGAAGAAUGGCUGGAGAAGAAAGAAAGAAGAGAAAGAAUUGAAAGGAAUCAUAAAAAGCUUCAGGGUAUUUUAAGAGAUGAACCACCACCACCAUGGAGUCCUCCAGGCAAAACGAUCCCUACGGGUAGAUGAUGGAGAAGCAAAACCUCCAAUCGCAUCUACUGGAAUGCCACUAUUUCUAAAGAUGUCAUCUGAAAUGGCUUUCUUGUUUUUAGUCAUUAUUAUGGUUUGUAGUUCUAGACAUUUACAAAGCAGGGUGUGAAAUUGAGUUGAUAUAAUUCCAUAAAAAAACUGACAUUUAAAAUGCAAUGCAAGAAUAUCAAUUCCUGCUCAAACAAAACAAUGCUUUGCUAACAUUUUACUUGACUAUUUGAUUGAAAAUGGAAUGUAGCUAAAUUAUCAGUGCAGCCAAUUUUGUGAAGGUAAAAUAGCAAUGAAUUUCUAUUUGCUAUGUAGGAACAUUUUGUAUCAUUCACGUAUCUUGAGGCAGUGCUAAGGGCAUAGAAUUGCAUUUGUUGUGUUGCACCUGAGUGAAAGGGACAAUUACUUUGUCUGUCUUUACAUGCUUUGUCUUGCAUUAUAAUAGCCUCUUCAUAAACAUUGGUAAAAUACCACAGGGCUCUAUAAAUGAGCUAACCCUAAGACUUCAAAUAUUAAC